AAAUGGGAGGUGGUUCUAGCAAGGAGGAUGAAAAUCAAGUGAAUCUCGAUAAGUAUUUAUAAAGUGCAGAAUAUCAAUAAAAACUAAAUGCAGUCUAUUCAGGAUAUAAUACUCAAUAAUAGGCUUUGCAUGUUCCAUAACAUUAGGAUGAUGAUGAUGAUUACAUUAACAAUGGUUAUCAAGGGAUAUAAAUAAAAACAAAGCCAAAUAUUGCAGCCAUUUAGUCAACCACUCUUAGUGCUCAAUAAAAUGAUGUCUAUAUAAUUAAGUCAUCAUUUAAAUUUGUAAUCAUAAUUAUGAAUACUAGAUUUAAAUUGGAGAGACAACCUAUUAAUUAACAUUCUUAUAUACAUGUCCAGAACAAACCUAGAUAGAUGUGUGGUUUUUGGGUCAAGAGAAGUUGAAAACAGGGGAAAUUACUUCUCUUUAUGGAAACACCUAAUUAUAAAAACAAAUAUAAGGCUUCUAUGUUCAAAAGGGAUAAAACCAGGAUUUUUCAUAAAACAUAGUGAUUCUUGACUUGAAAUUAAUAAAAAUAGAAUCUAUGAAACAAUAUCAGAUGAAAUAAGAUGAAUUUUCAUUUCCUUUGAUAGUGAAAAUUGUAAGUGAUUGAUAUGUAAAUUUAGUCAAAAGUCAAUGUUGAUCAUUCCUUUACUUAUUAUUGCACCGUGGAAAGGAGUCAAAAUCAGUUAGUUGCGUAAUGUUUGGGGAGCAAAUUAAGAGUAAUAAUAAUAAAUUCUAUCAUGUUAGAUCAAUGGUUAAGAGUUCUUGACUAAGGAUGUUUAUGGGAUGAAUGAUAGUGUCUUGGGAAAGAAGGACGACAAGUAGAUACAUUGAAUUAUAUUAUUGCUAGUGAAAAGGAGCCUUGCAGAAUAUGCUUAACGAACAUAAUUGAUACCAUGAUUUAACCAUGUCAACAUGUCGUUUUAUGUUAGGAAUGCUGUUAGAAUUUGAGAAUGACAGGUCAGAGAUGUCCAAUUUGCAGAUCAGGUAGAGAAUAUUUGUAUUUUAGAGAUUAAGGAGUUUAUUAUAAUUGCAAAAGCCAAUUGAAAUAUUAUAAAUAUUUUUAUUAUA